GUUGACAUACGCUUUGAUAUAAAAGGGAUGGUAAAAAAUUGGAUACAUCACACUAUCUGUGGCUACCAAAGCGCCAUCUUGAAUUUUGUAUAUUGCGUUUAGUUUUUCCUCUAAAAAUGAUUAAAAUUACCCUUUUCAUUUCUUUAGCUAUUAUUGCCAGCGUUGCGUUUGCGUCGAGUCUGUCGUGCCAGUCGUGCGGCGCUGAGUGCGCUCCCGCCUGCGGCACGCGUCGCUUCCGUUCCUGCUGCUUCAACUACUUGAGGAGGAAACGAGGAGACGACAAGGUCUUAUAUCCUCAUCAUGGCUUUAGAAAAGAGAUAGGGAACCAGAGACCAGCCUUCGUGGACGACUCUGAGCUGUGGAGCAUCGUGACAAAUGAUUAUAAACCUAGUUACCUUGACAAUAUGAUUGAGAAUGCAUUGCAAACGGAGGACGCAUAGCUGUGAUAUUUUUUUUAAAUGUUUAUUGAUUAAAAAUGAUAUGUUCGCCAUAUUGGAUUUACUGUGACGUGUCAUAAAAACCAUGUAUUGUCAUUAUAUGAUUUAAAAGUGAAGUACCUACACUUAGAAAAUAAGCUACUUACUUAGGGAGCUUGCAAAUUAAUACUUACUACGAAUGCAGCAUACGUAAAACAGAUGAAGUAUACUUAUACUUAGUAAUGGUGAAGCUUACUGUGCCGUUUAGAAGCAUGUUACUUAGUGAACUUGUAUAAAACAUGUCGGUUACUAGCACUCUGUUGAUUACAAUUAUGAAAAUAAACAAACGACACA